AUUUAAUAGAUUAAAUUGGUAAAGUGAAUAGCAACAAUAAAAAUUGUUUCGAUAGAGUGACUAAUAAUGGAGUGGAAUCGAAAGAGUAGGAUCGAUUUUAUUGAAGGCGAGAGGUUUCCUUUUAAUUAAACAGUUGGAAAGGAGGUAACGGCUUUGUUUAUCUUUUGUUGAAACAUUCGUGUAAAAAUGUUAGGCUCGGGUUCCUCGAUAUUCGGGAAACCUGCUGGAACGUCGACUACGCAGCCUCCGGCGUUCGGCGCGACGACGGGCACCGUGUUCGGAAGCCAGCCGCAGGCCCAACAGCCGUCGCUUUUCGGUUCGACGACCCCGUCUUUCGGCUUCCCGGCCGCGGCGACGACGGCGUCCUCGACUCCCGGGCUCGGCCUCGGGUUCGGCGCCCAGACGGGCUUCAAGCCGGCGGCGACGACCGCCCAGACGACCCAGCCGAGCAUCUUCGGAACGGGACUGACGACGAACAAAGGCACGGGUUUCUCGACGCCGGCCGCCCAGCCGACAUUGAACUUCGGCCUCGGCUCCAACGCGAACAAGCCGACCGGCUUCACCCUGGGCACGCCCUCGACGGCCACCGCCUCCACCACCGCAGGCGGUCUGACGUUCGGUUUGCCGUCCGCCACUACGACGACGGUCGCCUCGUCCGCACCCUCUCUGAGCAUUGGCUUCGGAUCGACCGCCACCGCCCCGACUACGACCACUUCUACCUUGAAUUUUGGCCUCGGAUCUACUUUAACCACUACCACUACGCAAUCUGGCCUCAACUUCAGUUUGGGUCCUUCUUUUACGACUUCUUCAAUUGGUUUACAAACUACUACACAAGGUUUCAGCCUGGGAACGACCACUGCUACGACUACUCCAUCUCUGGGUUUGGGCGCUUUGCCCCAACCUACAACAACCAAUCUCGGGUUGAACCCGUUGAGCGCUGCGUCCCAUGCGAAAUCGCAGAAGCAAGAGUCUUCGAAAGACAGGCCUCUUCCCCCUGAACUUGUCACUCAGGUUGAAGCAUUGAGAGAGUUUGUUAAACAACAGAAAUCGUACUCUUCAGAAGUCUCGCAAGCUAGUUUAAAGCCCAUCCUAAAAGUUGGUGAAGAUGCAGACGUUCUCAAAAGGAUUACCGUCCAAUUGGAAAGAGAACUUGCAAAAAACAGGGUUUUGAACAAAAAACUGAAAACCGAUCUUACUAGGAGUAUUCAAGACUGUGAAAUCGUACAGAGGCUUGCAGCAAACCAGAGAGGAUUCCCUUGUGAUAAUACGAUCGCUUUUGAUUACUUUCAAAAUAUUAUUUCAAGGUUCCAAAGCCAAGUGGAAAUGCUUUCGUCUGAGCUAAAAGACAUGGAAAAACACGUCAGUUGCAGACUCAACCCGGUCCCGUUUACACCUGAGGAGUUGGCAAUCUCGAUGAAACGCUUGUACGAAUGUUUUGUCGCACUGGCCGGAAGGUACCAGGCGAUCCAUUCCUCCAUCACAGCUCUUAAACUCGAAGUCGGGAGAAGGAAAGACAUGGGCUAACACAAGCCUGACACUGUUUGCGUCAAAUGUGUAAACUAUAAUUUUUAUAAUUAAAAUAGUAAAAUAAAUUGUUACACACUGAAAACGGCCGAACUUCAUUUUAAUAUGAUUACCGAUAUGCUGAGCGAAUGUUAACAUAAACUUUGUUAUUGUUC